CCUCGCGCGCGCGCCCAUUGGAAUUGCGUUGCACGCCGGGCGGCGCGUACACCGGCGCCGGUUGACCCUGACAUUCGAGAAGCCGGGCGGGCGAGACGCGCAUUCGCGAUCUCGCGCGCGCAGGAGCGACAUCGCGCCUCUGUGUUCCGACUCGGCGAACGGUACAGCGGUGAACGAACGUAGUACGAAUGAGAAGAGGACGCGGGAAGACGGAGAUUGCGUGAACGCGCGUAGCAGUGUGCAUCUUUCGGAUUCGCGCACGAGGACUCUUGGUUUUUGCCGCGGCGGGUCGUGUCGUGGUCUAGCACGCUGACCUUGACUCCGAUGCGCCAGCGCGUCUGCAGGAACGCUAAGGGACGUCACGCCGUGUUAUCCCGAGCGGUGUUUCCGCGCGGUGUGCCGAUCGCGCGACUGGCGAUCCUCUUGUGACACGCGAAUGACCUUGACUCUUCGGCGAGGCGGCGUUUCGAUAUCGCCGAGUCGAGCGGAACCGGUCGGUCGCUCGACUCUCCACGUCUUCUCGUCGUGUCCUUAUCGCGUGAGGUGCGUCGAUCGGAAAUGAAGUAGAAAGUCAGCCGGUGAUCUUCGUAGUCCGGAUAACCAAGUGCGCGUUCGCUACCGCACUACUAUCCACGAUCUUCGAGCCCAUCGCGAGGUGUCAUCAGCGUUGGGAAACGACGUCCGAGAACUAGCGGAAGAGAACAUCCGACCUUGACAUACAAGUCCAGGGUAUCUACAUGGCACCGCGGCGUCACGCCAACGGCGGCCACGGCGGUGGCGGCGGUGGCGGUGGCCUCCUGGAGAACGGGGGUGGCGGUGGUGGCGUCGGCACCAACGAUCCCAUGGAUAACCUUCUGGGCCCGAGCCAGACAACUCGCUGCUGCACACCGACCGGCGAGUGCCUGCGUGGCGACAGCCUCAUCCGCCUCAACGCCCUGCAUGACGCGGUCAAGGUUACCUGUAACAACGACAAUUGCCCGGUCGGUCAGUUCAUGCAUCGCGAGUGCUUCGACGCCUGGGAGCAGACGGUACUUACGUACCUGAAGAGCUGCGGGCGCGCUCGCAGCUGGUCCGAGCGUCAACGCCAUCAGAAUCUCUGGACCAAGAAGGGCUACGAUCUCGCUUUCAAGGCGUGCGGCUGCCGCUGCGGCCGCGGCCACCUGAAGAAGGACCUCGACUGGAUGCCACCCGGCCUCGGCAACGUGCCUGGCAAUCGCGCCGACGAGAACGAGGCGAAGAAGAAGAAGCGGCGCAACCGUCAGAACACCCGACCGAGCCUGGCCGUGUCGGCUGGCCCGCCCAAUCAUGGCAACCACGUCGUGGCCGCAAACGGCCGCGGCACCAGCGAGGCGCAGAUGAUCGAGUCAGGUCGCGGUCGUGCCGGAUCUCUGUCGUCCAGCACCGGGUCCAGCUCGCCGCCGGCUACCAGCGAACCCAGUGUCAGCCCGCUUCAUCAGCCGCAGGCCAUUAUGAAAAAGAAGAGCAAGGUCGACUUUUUCAGCGAUCGCGCGAGACAAAGCUGCGGCGCCAAUGGCAUUUUCUCGCGUCGUCUGGAUUUCAGCGCUUUCAACAGUCUGCCCCGCACCAAGCUUAAUUCCUAUCAUAUUAAGGUAAGGAGUAAUUAAUUGCUUACAUUUUGUCAUAUCGGUAAAUUUCAGGUUUGAAUUACAAUUGUUUGUCAGCGUUUCUUUGAAACGGAUCGUUCGCUAAGUGUAUUGUAUUGUUGACGAUUACGACACUCGAAACGUAUCACGCAACAUAGCGAUCGGAGCAAAAGUUAAUUUUUAAUUAACUUCGAAGCGAAAGAAAGAAAAAUAAUUAUUUUCUAGGACGCAACAAUGGAGUGUAAUAAUUUAGCAUGUUUGAUUUAACUUUAAUUAUAUGCGUCUUCUUGCUAUAUAUAUAUAUAUAUAUAUAUAUACAUUAUCGAUUUAUAUCGUUUUUUUUAAAUAGCCGGUUAUAGAGGAUUAAACUAAUAUUAGCAACUAGGUUUAAUCUCGUCAUAGGAAUUCGUUAAAUUAAUCUCGGCCGAGAGAGAGGUCAUCCUUUCCACGCACGUAAAUCAGGCAUAUAAGCCUACGCCCCGGCGAAUCCUUUCGCACCCGUGCUGUAACACUGUCGUCCUACCCCAAAUACGCAGGGAAAUCAAUACCGGGGCAGUUCGUGUAGGGUGCAUGUGUCUUUGCGCGCGCACAUACGCACGCAUGCACGUAUAUAUGUAUGCAUGUAUGUCUAUAUAUCAUGCCAACAUUAAAGAAUAUACUUUUACUCUCUUAUGCUUUUCCCUUGACCUGCUACUUAUCGUACAAAGUCGUUUGUCACCAACGUCAAUUAGCGUCAAUCCUAGGUCAAUUGACUUAUCCACCUGCAUCACCUGUAUCACUGUAGCACUAUGAUCCGGAAGGAGAAUAUCGUUAACAUAGGCUAACUUGAUUCGGAUUACCAAAGUUAUCUGUUUACGCUGCUGCUUAGUUAGCAGAUGACCUUGUUUAAUUGUUUUCCUUGAGUAUUUUUAUCGCAAGAGAAGGAGGAAGGGGAAGAGGAAAAAGGAGACAAAGA